CAGGAAAGAUCUAAGUCAUCAUCCUCACUUGUCCAAUUUCUGAGCAUUUCUUUGGGUCUUACCUAAUCUCUCUACUGCGUCUGUGAAUGAAUCAUGAAUGAAUGAAUUCCUAGAGAGAGAAAGAGAUGUCGUCGAUUUGGUCCUCCUUUCGAGUUUUGGCACCUCAAUGGAGAGCCGACACGAAGCCCCGUUUCUGGGUGAUGCUCCAUUCCAAGAGAAAGAUUGGCUUCGUUCCUUCCCCGCUCUCUUCCUCCUUGAACGAUGAUUCAAUCUCUCCGCCCAAGAAUACUCAGGUGGGUUAUGAUCCUUCAGAGGACCUCUUUGGACUAGCAGUUGAUAUGCAGCCAAGGUAUCGUAAAUUGGGUGCACCCAAACCUCGAUCAUGGUUUGGUCCUAAUGGCCAGUAUAUAAAAGAGUUGCCAUGCCCGAGUUGCAGGGGAAGGGGUUACACUCCAUGUACAGAAUGUGGAAUAGAAAGAUCUAGAUCAGAUUGUCCACAGUGUAAUGGAAAGGGCAUAAGGACUUGUCACCAGUGCUCAGGUGAUUGUGUCAUAUGGGAAGAGUCAAUUGAUGAACAACCAUGGGAGAAAGCGCAUUCUGUUUCUCCACUUAAAGUAAAAGAAGAUGAUGAAGUAGACAAUUUGGACAUAAAGUUGGAUAUGAAACGGAAAAAGAAGCGCGUAUAUCAGUCUCCAUCUCCUGAAGUUGGUCUGAAGAUUAGCAGAUCACUAAAAAGCCUCAACGCCAAAACUGGAUUAUUUAGCAAAAGAAUGAAGAUCAUCCAUCGCGAUCCUAUGCUUCAUGCUCAGAGAGUCGCUGCUAUUAAGAAAACUAAAAGGACUGCUGCAUCAAGGAAGCAUGCAUCUGAGGCUAUGAAAGCUUUUUUUCGUGAUCCAGCGAAUCGUCGCAAGAGAAGCAUUGCCAUGAAAGGAGUGAAAUUUUACUGCAGCAAUUGUGGGCGCGAAGGGCAUAGAAGCCACUACUGCCCAGAACUUCGCGACAGCUUGACAGACAGACGGUUUAAGUGCCGGUUAUGUGGGGAGAGAGGACAUAACAGAAGAACCUGUCCAAAUUCAAAGACAACCGGUCCAAUAGCCAUGGUCACUAGUAGGCUUCAUUGUUGCCGAAUAUGUGGCCAAAGCGGGCAUAAUCGCCGAACAUGCCAUCGUAGAAACAAAGUAAAAUCGCUUGUAGGUCGUCACUACAAAUGCCGGAUGUGCCAAGAGGAAGGGCACAAUACGAGGACAUGCCCUGGUAGAAAUAGGAACCCCAUUGAACAAUAGCUCCAAAAGCCUUAUCAAAUGAUCAUCUUUUUGUCCAGAUGUAUUGCUGGAAACUGGGUUAGAAUUUGUGAUUGUUUCUGGUUAAUGUGGUCUUCAAAGCAAGUUGGAGGAUAGGGUACUUCUAGCCUGGGAAGUAGAAUCAUAUCUUCCUUGUGAUGUACACAACAACACAUGCCUUGAUUCCAUUAGGGGUCGUCUGCAUAACUUUUUGUGUCCAUCAUAUCAUAUUUUUAAGGGUUAACACUAAAUUUUCUUGGA